ACAGAAAACAGGGAUUUCUUCAGGUAUGACCCGCGAACAUGCGCUCAGGUUGUUUUUUUGCUUUGCAACGACUUUCAAAGUGUCUUAACUCGAGGCAGACGUUUGUAAAUAGCUGUUACCGAUCAACGAUGGCCCUCACACAAGUGUCCUCCAACAAGUGCGCCGGUGGCUUCCAGAAGGUUUUCGAGCAUGAAAGCACCGAGCUGAAGUGUAAGAUGAAAUUUGCCGUCUAUCUGCCCCCCAAGGCCGAAACGGACAAAUGUCCCGUCAUGUACUGGCUCUCUGGGCUAACGUGCACGGAGCAGAACUUCAUCACCAAAGCUGGCAGUCAGCUGGCGGCUGCAGAGCACGGCCUCAUCAUCGUGGCUCCGGACACCAGCCCACGUGGCUGUAACAUUGAGGGUGAGGAUGAGAGCUGGGACUUUGGCACAGGGGCCGGCUUCUACGUGGACGCCACCCAGGACCCCUGGAAGACCAACUAUCGCAUGUACAGCUACGUGACGGAGGAGCUCCCCAAACUGAUCAACGCCAACUUCCCCGCCGACCCGGACAGGAUGUCCGUCUCCGGACACUCCAUGGGGGGCCACGGGGCGCUGGUCUGCGCCCUGAAGAACCCCGGGAAGUACAAGGCGUACGACGCCACGGCGCUGGCCGCCUCCUACGCCGGCCCCCGGCUGGACGUCCUCAUCGACCAGGGCCGCGACGACCAGUUCCUGUCGGCCAGCCAGCUGCUGCCCGACAACCUGAUCGCCGUGUGCUCGGAGAAGAAGAUCCCCGUGGUGUUCAGGCUGCAGCCGGGCUAUGACCACAGCUACUUCUUCAUUUACUCCUUCAUCAACGACCACAUCAAGCACCACGCCAAGUACCUGAACGCCUGAGCCGGCCGUCUGCCUUCAGCCUACCCGAAGCCUACCCGAAGCCUCACAGGAAACGGAGACUUUGGGGACAUCUUUGCGUUUGUCACACAUCUUUAGUCCACCGUCUCUU